UUUCAAAUAAACUCAACUUUUUGAACUGCGCGGUUGGGUUGCGGUCGUCUGGUUUAAAUUCCGACUAAACAGAGAUCCUGUAUCAACUAUAAAACGUACCGUGUGUCUUGUGGUGCAUUUUUUCAAUCCCCCGCCCCGCUUUAUAGUGGUGUCGCGCCGUGUGUAUAAGUGUUCCUGUGCGAUUUGAGCAAGGAAAAGUGUGAAAAAUCUGUUGGCUGAACGAGCGAAAAUAAGAAAAAGCGAAAACGAAAUGGCCACCGAAGUAGCCCAAAUACCCGCUGAGGAAACGCCUGCCGUUGCGGCGCCCACAGAGAAUCCAGCCUCUGAGCAGGCGGAAAAACCUGCUGCCAGCGAGACUGCUGCUGCCGCGCCCGCCGCUGCUGCUCCUCCGGCCGAAAACGAAAACGCCCAAGGAAACAAAGAGGACGGCAAGGCGGCGUCGAAGGAAAACGCUGAUGGUGCCGUCGAUGGGGACGCGAAGAAGGAUGGGGAGGCAGCGGCUGUCGCAGCGCCGGCCAAGUCGGAGGCCCCUCCCGCACAAAAGUUCAAUGUGCACAAGACCAACUUCGAGAAGGACAUCAUCUAUCUGUACCAGUUCUCCAGGACUCCAUUGCUGCCCUCGCUGUCGCCCUACUGCUUGAAAGUUGAGACCUGGCUGCGUCUGGUCGGGCUCAAGUACGAGAAUGUCGAUCAUAAGAUGCGUUUCCGCUCGAAGAAGGGUCAGUUGCCUUUCAUUGAACUGAAUGGAGAGGAAAUCGCCGACUCGGCCAUUAUCAUCAAGGAACUGUCGUCCAAAUAUGAGAAGAAUCUGGAUUCCGGGCUCACCGCCGAGCAGCGCAACGUGUCGUAUGCCACCAUCGCCAUGCUGGAGAACCAUCUCAUCUGGAUCAUCUUCUACUGGCGCGCCAAGUACCCGGACAAUGUGCUCAAGGGCUACAAGGUCAAUCUGCAGCACGCCCUCGGACUGCGUCUGCCCAACUCCAUCUUGAACUUCUUCUUCAAGAUAACCUUUGGUCGCAAGUGGUUCCAGGGCACGAAAAAGUUGAAGGCGCAUGGCAUCGGCGUCCACAGCGCCGAGGAGAUCGAGGAGUUCGGCAAGAACGACCUGAAGGUCCUCAGCGAGAUGCUCGACUGCAAGCCGUUCUUCUUCGGCGACGAGCCCACCACCCUCGAUGUGGUGGCCUUUGCGGUGCUCUCGCAGCUCCACUAUCUGUCCAAGGAUAUCGCGUACCCGCUGCGCGACUACAUGACCGAGAAGUGCCCCAACUUGAUUGGCCACGUGUCGCGCAUGAAGGACAAGUGCUUCCCCGACUGGGAUGAGAUCUGCACGAAGCUGGACCUCAAUGCGCACAUUCCCAAGCCAGAACCCGAGACCAAGGAAGGCAAGGAAGGCGGCGAGCAGGAGAAAUCAAAUGAGCAGGAGGGCCCCGAGGGCGAUAAGAUCGAGAAGGAGUUGGAGAAGGACAAGUCGAAUGAGAAGGAGUCGACCGAGGAGAACAAAGAGAAGGAGGAAACAAAGUAAAUUGGCCGUUAGUUGUAUUCAUAUGUAUAUCCCGAUAUAUAUACAUACAUACGAGUAGGAGGAAGGAAGGAAACACCCACAUACACACACACAUUAUAUAUAUAUACAUAUGUAGUACGAUACUAUAUAGUAAGGCCCUAUAUAGCUAGGCGCUGCGCUCUCAUAUAUAAGCAUUCAGACAUCGGACGACAAGAGUUUUCUAAGAGAAGAGACCCAUUUACAUUUAAAAGAAAGAGAAACAAAGAAAAACAAAACCUAGGACAACUGUAAAGCAAAAAGCAGGCACAGAACUCUCACUCUCACCACCAUCAGCAUCAAAAGAAAGAACGAUCGAUCCACUAAGUAAAACGAAAAAAACAAAAACAAAAACAAAAAAA